AUGUCAGAUAGUGAGACAUUGACCCCUUCUCAUGGUGAGCGUCCGGCGGAGGAGUUUGCAGUUCAGGAAGAGCCAGUUGCCAUAGAAGAGGAGCUCCCCCAAGUGGAGACAGAUGCGCAAAAUGGCGCAUUGGAUGAAUUGAAAACCACAGAAGAAGAAGCCAACGAGAAUUUUGAUGAGCUAAUAAAUCCUGCGGCCGAGCCUCAGUUGGAAGCAGAGGCUGAUGUGUCAGUUGGAGAGGCGGUGCCCGACGAAACGGGUUUGCUAUCUCCACCGAAUGAUCAAAAUCCAGAUCCAUCAGAAUCAGCAAUUCCUCCAGCUGUGGAUCCUACAUCUGAAAGAGACUCACCGCAAGAAACUGAGAGCGUACAACCAGAUGCUCCGGAAAAGGGGGAAGAAGAGGGAGACCACUUUCAAAAGGAUGAUGAAGAUGUAGAGAUGGAAGAUGUGGGCAGCGUGGGUGAAGAAACAGACCAAAUCAUAAAACAAGAAGGCGGGAAUGGAUCUGUUAAUCCAUCAAUUGAGCAGUCUCUUGAGCCGUCUGUCGACCAAUCCGCAGAACAAUCCGUUGAACCAUCUGUCGAGCCUUCUGAGCCAUCUGCGGAUCCUUCUCGGGAUCCAUCUCUGCAACCGUCUGUUAAGGGAGAAACGGAUAACGGCGAAGAAGACGAAGAAAGAGAAGAUGUUUCGAUGUCAGGAAAUGAACUCAUAGAAGAACAGAAUGGUAGCGCGCACAUAACGAAGAGACAGGUGGAGUCAGAUAUACCAUUGGAGGUGGUAACCCAGCAGACCCACACGAUUGUUAUCCCAUCAUAUUCCGCCUGGUUCGACAUGAGCAGGGUCCACAAGAUUGAAAGGCAAUCCCUUGCGGAGUUCUUCAAUGGGCGCAACAAGAACAAGACUCCUCAGGUGUAUGCAAAAUAUAGAAAUUUCAUGAUCAACUCAUACAGACUGAAUCCCAACGAAUAUCUCACAUACACCGUGUGCAGGAGAAAUUUGAUUGGUGAUGCUGCCACGAUUCUCAGGGUUCACAAAUUCUUGACCAAAUGGGGAUUGAUAAAUUACCAGGUCAACCCUGAAUCAAGACCAAUCCCAGUGGAACCCCCAUUCACUGGAGACUACUCUGUGGAUAUCGACACGCCUCGUGGGUUGUUCCCAUUCCAGAGCUAUAAGCCUUCUACUGAAUUGCCCGACCUCAGCAAGGUGAGAGCGCUUUUGAAGGAGGAUGAGGCUAAAACCCCAUCGAAGCCUGAUGACAAUGGAAGCAAAGAGUCUUCAGCAAGACCGUUGAAGAGGCCGCGUAUUGCCGCUACGAAUGCCAACAGCGGCUGGACUGAGGAAGACUUGAAGAAGCUGUUGGAAGGCGUGGAAGAGCACAAAGGCGACUGGAACGCCAUUUCAAAGCACGUUGGGUCUCAUACCCCAGAGCAAUGUAUUCUCAGGUUUCUUCAGCUGCCAAUUGAAGACAGCUUUCUCGAAGAGCACCCUGAGCUGUUGGGUCCUCUGAGGUACGCUCCAAAACUGCCAUUUUCGUCAACUGACAAUCCAGUGAUGUCUACGGUUGCAUUUUUGACAGCUUUAGUCGAUCCCAAAGUUGCUGCAGCUGCAUCCAGGAGGGCAGUCAAAGUGAUGGAUGAAGAGCUGACCAAGAAGUUGAACGAUGGCAAGGAAGAGAUCACCAAGGAAGAAGAGGAAGAUCCUUUGAUUGAUAUAAAGGAUGCAGCGGUGACAGCGAUGGGCAUUGUGGGUGCCAGAUCGCAUAUGUUUGCGACCUAUGAGGAGAGAGAGAUGAGCAAAAUCAUGUCCACCAUUGUCAACCAGCAAUUGAAUCUGGUUGAUAUCAAGCUACAACAAUUGACCAAGCUCGAAGGCGAACUUGAGCUUCAGAAGAAGAAACUGGAGAGGCAACAGCAAACCAACUUUGUGGACAGACUGGCUCUGACAAAAUCUUCUUUGAAUGUCUCCACUAAGCUGAUGAGUGCUUGUGACAUCCUCAGUACCGACCCUGAAAGAGCAAAGAAACUAAUCGAGGAGGCAAAGGCACAGCUGCUGAGUCCUCCAAGGCGUUCUUUGAAUAUUUUGAAUCUCAGUAAUGAUACUGAGAGCGAUGAUAACUCGAAAAGAGAUUCCAAAGGUGAUGCCAAUGGAGAGGAGGUUUUGGUGAAGCCUGUCAGCUUCGAGUCUCCUCAGUUGUACAGAUACUGGUCCGGAUGA